AUGGCAGUUCUUGGUGCUCACUGUAUCUGCCACCAAUUUCUCAUUGCGGCAGACUCUGUAUUGCAUGGUCCACGCUCAUAUCUUGACCUGUUUAUGAUCCAUCGUGCUCAAGCGCCACCGUCUGAUCUCCAGCGACAACGCAAGAUUUCCAUAUCUGUAACAGCACCAAGCAUCUACGUUCGUAUCUGUUCGCACAGACUGCCAGGCAGAGAUCCAACGAGCUCCUCAUUGAUCUCGACCUUAGUCCCUUUCCAGCCCCAAGUACUUCCUAUACUUCCUAAAAAGCUCCUUCUCCGAGUCGUCUUCAAGGCCAACCACCUUGACGACAACCUUGCGCUUUGUCUCGACGUCGACAACAUUGUCGGUCGUGGCCUCCCCACUACUUCCCACGUUCUCAUCGACUCCCAGUCUGUAACAAGGUCCGUAUUCAGCCAUUUUCUCGCAGAAACUGCGGAGCGCUUCUUUGCGACAGCAGCCAUGAGGGCAGAAUAG